CUCCAUAGCAAAAUGCAAGAAAAUCAAGAGGAAUACAAGGGGGCAGUGCAAGCAAAAACCCAAAUGGACGGCUGUGAUGAGUCGGUGGCGGUGCGUAAGAUGAUGAACAUGAAGCUCUCUUCUUCCGAUGAUUUCUAUGAAAAGCUUACGAGGUUUCACCACUCAUCUGGACUUACUUUAAUCUUUGAUUUCCGGAAGACUAAAGUGGACCUGUAUCGUUUUUAUAAAGAUGUGACUAAAAGAGGAGGAUACCAUGAGGUAACUAAAGGUGGGAAAUGGGAUGAAGUUGCGUCUUCCUUGAAUGCAGAAGGCGGUGUUAUAAUAUCACCAAAUCAAACUCAAAUGCUUUAUGCAAAUUUCUUUCAUCAGUUUGAGCAAACAUACUACUAUCGUACUAAUUUUGAAGUGAAACCAUUUAAAACUGCUCUAACAGGUCAGUCUUCUGUUACAGACAAAAGCUCAGGCAGUCCUGCAAAGAAGGCAAAGAAGCAAAGGCUUAAUGAACAUAAUGCUGAUGAUUUGGUAGAAAAAAGGGUUUCUGCACCAAGUUCUUUCCAGUUUCCAACAGUGGUCAAGUCCAUGGAGAAAAACCGGUCAUUACAAGUCCCGUUAGAAGAGGCGAGUCUUCUCCUGCAAACGCCAGCAAAAGCCAAGGAGACUCAGAAAUCAUCUGACAGGGAAAUGAAGCAACAUAAAAAUGCUCCGAUGGGAGUUAGAACAUCAUAUAUGAUCUUUCAUAGGAUGGAAUGUGAAAGACUAAAAAUAAUACAUGGAAAGGGUUCACCAGGCCAGAUUAGAAACAUGGCCAAUGAUGCAUGGAAGCGUCUAUCCGAGCAUGAUAGGCAGCCAUACAUAGAGGCAAGUAAAAGAGACAAGGAAAGAUACUCCCGAGAGAUGGCAGAGUUCAAGAUUGCAUACAAACAGAUAGCAGCAACUCAAAGUGUUUCAGCUAAUACAGAAUCAACUACUGCAGUUCACUUUCCAAAACCUCCUCCGCAAACUGACAGUCAGCACCAUCCGAAUUUAUCAGAUGAUGCAUAUCAUGUAAAUUUUCCACAUGAUGCCAGUGACAACGUUGUUAUCAUCGAUGAAAAGUUUGAUGUUGACAUCGUGCAGAAAGCCGAAUCAAAUGAUCCCACAAUUCAGCUCAACAUGCACGGGUAAACUUGAGUUAGUCAGAAAGAAUAGUCAGGCCCCGGAGCCCGGAGGCUCACUGGGCGUGCUGAUUGGGUAAGGGCUAUAGUAAUGGCGUGUGUCCUUAGUUGCUAUUGCUACAUGUAUUAUGCAACUCUUGGCUCUUGCUAUAAAUAAUAUGCAACUCCCAAACCUUUUGAAAACAACUUGUCCUUGAGGUGGCCAUUUGGAUACACUUCGAAAACCGAGUUUAAGCAAUAUAACUGCAGUCUAUCUCUAGCUA